AGGAUCAUUUGGGGAGCCCAUGGGGCAUCCAUUCGAAGGAGAAGGAGGGAGGAUGAUGAAGGCCAAGGAAUCUCGGGAGAAGUUCCUGCUGCAAGGACCAGUCUGUUGGUGAAACAACUUUGGCCUUCUUGGAGGCUGCCUUUGGAGCACAGAAUUGGAGAUGGAAAUGCAAGACUCAGGUGGCCCAGAGACCAUCAAGGCUGGGAGAAGUCAGGAAUUCUGGGAAAGGACUCUGCAGGAAAUCCUGCAUGAGGACACGCUCCCUUCAGAUGUCCAGCGCCAGCGCUUCAGGCAGUUCCGCUACCAGGAGGUUGAGGGGCCCCGACAGGUUUGCAGCCGACUCCACCACCUUUGCUGUCAGUGGCUCAGACCAGAGCAACACACGAAACAACAGAUCAUGGACCUUGUGCUCCUAGAGCAGUUUCUGACCAUCCUGCCCCCCAAGAUGGAGAGCUGGGUGAGGGAAUGUGGAGCAGAGACCAGUUCGCAGGCCGUGGCCCUGGCAGAAGGUUUCCUCUUGAGCCAGUCAGAGGCCAAGAAGCAGGAAGAGCAGCAGGGAUUUCUGUUGGCUUUUCAGGUGCAGCGGCCAUUAGCAGAAGCAAAGCCCAAUGUUUUUGAGGCAGAGAAGACUCUAUCAGACGCCAGACUGAAGCUGCUGCACGGAGGGAGAUCUCAGGAGGAUCAUGCAGAUUCCACCUCAUUGGUUCAUGGAACCCCACUGGAGGUGUUGACAAGCUCAUGGCUCCCCUGUGUGGAUGGAGAAGCAGCUUCUACCCAACCAGAUCAGGAUGCCGUGUCCUUUGAGGAGGUGGCUGUGCAUUUCACGGAGGAGGAGUGGGCUCUGCUGGAUGCAGACCAAAGAGCCCUGCACAGAGCAGUCAUGGAGGAGAAUAGGCAGAAUGUGGCCUCUCUGGCAGGUGAUGAGUGGAAAAGCAAGCCUGAAGAAGAAGCAUGCGGGUCAGUAUUAGUAGAAAGAGCAAGAAAUAAAAAGAAAGGACAACAGAGAAAAGCAACAAAAGAAAAGCAGGAAAGGAAGAAUGAAUCUCAUUCUGUUCAUGCUGGUGACUGCCAAGAAACACCAAUCCAAGAAGAAAUACAGAAGGGAAAGCAAAAGAGGAAGCCCCUCUCAUGUGAAAAAAGCAUUGGUUAUAAAUUGUGGCUGAAAUGUCACUGGAGAAUGAAGAGAAGGGAGAAGAAACCAUUUAAGUGCUUGGUGUGUAGAAAGAGCUUCAGUCUGAACUCACAUCUAAGAGAACACCAAGGAAUUCAUACAAGAGAGAAACCAAUUAAAUGCCUAGAGUGUGGAAAGAACUUCAGUCACAGCUCAAAUCUUAGGAGACAUCAAAGAAUUCACACAGGAGAGAAACCAUUUAAAUGCUUGGAGUGUGGAAAGAGCUUCAGUCGGAACUCAGGUCUUAGGAGUCAUCAAAUAAUCCACACAGAAGAGAAACCAUUUAGAUGCUUGGAGUGCGGAAAGAGCUUCAUUCAGAGCUAUAAUCUUAGGACACAUCUAAGAACCCAUACAGGAGAGAAACCAUUUAGAUGCUUGGAGUGUGGAAAGAGCUUCAGUCACAGCUCAGUUCUUAAGAAGCAUGAAAGAAUUCACACAGGAGAGAAACCAUUUAGAUGCUUGGAAUGUGGAAAGAGCUUCAUUCAGAGCUAUAAUCUUAGGACACAUCAAAGAAUCCACACAGGAGAGAAACCAUUUAGAUGCUUGGAGUGUGGAAAGAGCUUCAGUCAGAGAUCAGGUAUGAGAAGCCAUCAAAUAAUCCACACAGAAGAGAAACCAUUUAGAUGCUUGGAGUGUGGAAAGAGCUUCAAUAAGAGUGCAAAUCUUAGACAACAUAAAAAAAUUCACGAAGGAAAGAAACCAUUUAGAUGCUUGGAGUGUGGAAAGAGCUUUAUUCAGAACUCACAUCUUAGACUACAUAAAAAAAUUCAUACCGGAGAGAAACCAUUUAGAUGCUUGGAGUGUGGAAAGAGCUUCAAUAAGAGCUCAAAUCUUAGAAUACAUCAAAGAAUUCACACAGGAGAGAAACCAUUUAGAUGCUUGGAAUGUGGAAAGAGCUUCAAUCAGGGUUCACAUCUUAGAGAACAUCAAAGAAUUCACACAGGAGAGAAACCAUUUAAAUGCCUGGAGUGUGGAAAGAGCUUUAUUCAGACCGCACAUCUUAGACAACACCAAGUAAUGCAUACAGGGGAGAAACCAUUUACAUGCUUGGAGUGUGGAAAGUGCUUCAGUCAUCGCUCACUUCUAAGGAACCAUCAAAUAAUCCACACAGGAGAGAAACCAUUUAUAUGCUUGGAGUGUGGAAAGAGCUUCAAUCAGGGUUCAGAUCUUAGAAAACAUCAAAGAAUUCACACAGGAGAGAAACCAUUUAGAUGCUUGGAGUGUGGAAAGAGCUUCAGUCAGAGCUCAAGUCUUAGAGAACAUCAAAGAAUUCACACAGGAGAGAAACCAUUUAAAUGCCUGGAGUGUGGAAAGAGCUUCAAUCACAGUGCAUAUCUUAGAAAACAUCAAAGAAUUCACACAGGAGAUAAACCUUUUAAAUGCCUGGAGUGUGGAAAGAGCUUUAUUCAGAACUCACAUCUUAAACAACAUCAAAAAAUUCAUACUGGAGAGAAACCCUUUAGAUGCUUGGAGUGUGGAAAGAGCUUCGUUCAGAGCUCAGUUCUUAGAAAACAUGAAAGAAUUCAUACAGGAGAGAAACCAUUUUGAUGCUUUCAGUGUGGAAAAAGCUUAAGACAAAGAGGACAUCUUAAGAAUCACCAAGGAAUUCACACAGGAGAGAAACCAUUUAAAUGCCUGGAGUGUGGAAAGAGCUUUAGUCAGAGAUCAGUCCUUGCAAAACACCAAGGAAUUCACAAAGGAGAAAAAUGAUACAAAUGCCUAGAGUGUGGAAAGAGCUUCAAUCCUAGCUCCCACAUUACACAAGAUGAAUGAAUUCACACCUGGAAGGAUAUACAUGUUUUUCAUGUAGAUAGAGCUUCCAUCUCCCUUCCUCUUCCCCUUCCAGAAGAUGCAGUAGAGGAGAGUGGAGCAGAGACUUUCUAGCCACCCCUCUCCUCUCCCCCACUUCCAAAAGAAGAAGGGCAGGGACAGGGGAGCUGUGGUGGGCAGCAGUGUUCCUUCUCAUGUUUAGAAUCAGUGAGCGGAAAGGGUUUUUUCAUGGGCAGCAGCAUCUAGUCAGUGUGCACAUAGAACUCUUUCUCGCUUACACACAAACACACACAUGAGUUACUGACUAUCGUGCAAAGAAAAUGUUUGCAUGUUGGGAAGGAGGCUACAUUUAUAAUGCUUCUCCCUGUUAUUUAGUUUCCAAUGUGCCAAGUAUGUGGGUUCCUCAUACAUUCAGUCAUGUCAGCUGGCAAAAGUUGUUAAUCUCAGCUUUACCAUCCCAGUGAGAUCUAGACUGGUGAUCUCUAGGCUUGACUACUGUAAUGCGGUCUACCUGGGGUUGCCUUUGUACGUGACGAGAGUGGUCCUUCUCUUUUGCCCCUCCUAGACUGUGCAGUGCGCAACCCUGUAGACUAGGGCUGCUGAUCUUCAGCCCUCCAGCAGAUGUUGGCCUUCAUUUCCCAUAAUCCUUGACUGUGGACCACUGUGGCUGGGGGUUAUGGGAGUUGUAGUCCAAAAAGAGCUCGGGGGCUUAAUUUGAGCAGGCCUGCUAUAUAGACAUUCAUGGUUUAACAUCUUUGCCAUCCUUCAAAAGAGCCCUUAAGACACAUUUUUUCAGCCAGGCUUUUUAAAAUUUCUCAACUUUUUAAAUUUUUAAAUUGCUGUUUUUACUCGUUUGUUUUAUUUUGUUUUUCUUGUGUUUAUUUUUGUAAACUGCCUAGGACCUUUGGAGUUAAGUGGUAUAUAAAAUACAUAAAUAAUAAUAAGAGUGAGGAGGCAGGCCUACAGAUGGGGUAUGCCCAUGUCAGUGCCUGCUCCUCUGGUCAAUUCCCCUGCCUAGUUUCAUAAUAAACAUAUGGCAUGUAAAGCUUAGGGAAACGUAUGUUAUGAGAUCAUUUGGAAUGAUUCCAUUUUUAAAGGAGGAGCCGACAUAGAAACUGAGUUGCUGGUAUUUUCACAGUGACAAGUCUGUUCCGUAGCUGAAGUAUGUUGGUGCCAUUCUCCCCGCUGUGUUUCAAGGCAGUGAACACUCUCCUUGCUGCUCAAGUUAGUUUCUCUGAAUGGGAAGUCGACUGGAUCCCCCUGGACAGGAAGCCAAAGGACUGGAUCCCCCUGGUGCUGCCCAGAGACGGCUGCUCCCAGCGUAGACAUCCCCGCCUAGUUCCUCCUCACAUCUCCAGGGCCAGAAGGGCCCCUUCUAUUGGUCCCAGAGUUCACAGGGCCAGCUGGGAAGGCAUGUGGGGAUGUUGGGAAAACACAUGGGGACACUAGGCAUCCCAGAUGGCCCAUAGGAUUUCCCAGCCAGUUCCAUGGGCCCCUGUGGUGCCCGAAAUGUGGGAAACAGCCAAGGAAUGAUGACCCACUCUGGGAACAGCUGCCUCCACCUAGCAGCAGGUGGGCACUGCAGAUUCAUGGGAAUGGAGGGUCCGCUGCAGAACCCUAAUGGGUACCUUAAAAUGAGCCCCUGGUGGUGCAGUGGUAAAAACUGCCGCCCUGUAACCAGAAGGUUACAAGUUCGAUCCUGACCAGGGGCUCAAGGUUGACUCAGCCUUCCAUCCUUCUGAGGUCGGUAAAAUGAGUACCCAGAAUGUUGGGGGCAAUAUGCUAAAUCAUUGUAAACCACUUAGAGAGCUUCGGCUAUAAAGCGGUAUAUAAUUGUAAGUGCUAUUGCUAUUGCUAUUAAAAUUAGCAACUAUGGGGAAGUCCCAGAAUGUCCACCAUGGAUUUCCAAGAAAAGAUAUACCUAAGGAAAUGUUCUUAAAACAAUGCAAUAAACUUUCUUUCUCUUUUUUUGUUGUUUA